GGCGCCACCAGCCGCGCACGGCUAAUUAGGGUUUCUCCGCUUCCCCUUUCAGACUGCCGAGCGAGCGAGCGAGCGCGAGAGAGGAGAGUAUAUUGUGUGUAUUAGGGUUAGGGUUUUGAGGGGUUUGGGGGGUUUCUAGGGUUCCGCCAUGGCGAAGUUCAACGUCGUGCAGAAGGAUCGGCGGAAGAGGAUCCAGGAGCGGAAGCGGGCGAUGCACGGCGAUCCGAGCACCCGCAAGCUCAAGCAGCACACCGCCCCCGUCGCCAUCUCCGGCAAGCGCAAGCGCAAGAUCUUCAAGAAAUGGCGAAGAGAGCAAAAGGAGGCCAUCGAGAAGGGUUUGGUCACGAUGGAAGACGUCGAGAUGGCAGUCGCAGAAGGAUCUUCUCAGAGCACCAACAAGAAGUCUCAGAUGAAAAUUCAUUUAAAGAAGACUUCAAAAAUCCAAAUCAAAAGAUUAAAAGGCAAAGGUAAAAGCAAAAGAAAAUCUUCCAUACCACCUGCUGAUGAGCCAGGAGAUGCCAUGGUAGAAUGAGGAGGAAAACGCUUCUAUCUCGUUCCAACUGAUCUUGUAAUUAUGGUUUCGGCACCAAGCCGGCAACCGUAUAUCUGGAAACUUGCUUGUAGUCUUCAGCUACCUCUCUUCCUCUGAAUUAAUCACCAACUUUUAAGAGUGUUUAGUGGAGCAGUUAAGUUUCAAAGAAAACCAAUUUAGGCGGUAAGUAUUCUUACAGAAUUAAUGCUUCCUCGUGUUCUGGAGUAAACGAGCUAGAGUUCGUUCUAAGUUGUCAUGAUUUAUGUCUUUAAUUUUAUUUUUGAAUGCAACAAACCUUUUUGCGAAUGUUUUCUGGUAAGCACAGAUGUUGGAAGGAAAAAGAUCUCAUGGGCAUUAGCCUGUGCGCUCGAAACGGCAAUAGAAGGAUACUGGUGGAUACUUGUACGAUAACAUGCAAGAACGUCCGCUACCUGUCCCUCUUUUUGGGCCACAGAUGCAACAAACUGCAUUAAUGCAUUUUUUGACAUGAUGAUGAUGCUAUAGUUGUAACCUUGUUUAAGGUCAUAUGAUUGGCGCUGCUUGAAUUAAAGAAACCUUUAUGUAAUUUUUAAAAUAUAAAUGUUUGGUAACAUUAUUUAAGAUGUUUUACGGUACCA